AGCACAACACAAAUUCACAUUCUCCCACUUCCCCCUCAGAUUUCGGAAACCCUCUCUCUCGUUCUCUCUAUCUUUCUUUCUUUCUCUCAUUUCAACAAAAACGCUUUCUCCAUCAUUGUUUGCAAAAACCGCAAACCGGAAACAAUAAACAUACACAUUUAGUUAACUUCUUAUAUUUAUUUAUUUUUUAAAAAUUAAUUAUUAUUUGUUUUUUUAUUGUGUUUGCUUCGGCAUCGGUCACCGAAACAAAAGCCACGAUGUCGUCCGGCGGCGCCGCCGCGAGCUCAUCAAGCACAAGCCCAAGGGUCGCACCGGGCCCCACCACCACUCGCCGUCGCGUCGCCGACUCCACCACCAUCAACAACAACAACCUCGUCCUCGUCGACGGCGACCCCAACCCCCAAAACCAACCGCAACAGCAACAACACUCUUCAAGCUUCUCCGAUUUCUCCGACAACCGCGACGACGACGACGACAAUCCUUCGUCGUCGUCGUCGUUUCCGCACCACCACCACCACCACCACGCGCUGCACCCAAUCACGCGGUACCUGGUCCACCGCACGCGCCACCUGCCGGUGGAGUCGCUUCUGGUGCGGUUCGAACACGCGUUCCUGUGGAUGCUGGUGACGAUUCAAUCCAUGAGGAGCGGGAGGAAGAUAGGGAGGAAGAUCUUGGUGGCGAUGAUGGUGAUGGUGGUGGUGUCGCUUUUCGUGAAGGUUUCGAUGAUCGGAGGGAUGGUUGAGAUGAACGGAAAGAGCAUCGAGAACGGGCAGUUGAUAUUGCAGAGGUUCAAACACGAUUGGAUAUCGGCGCAGAAGGUUGUUACGGAAACCGACACCACGGAGACUCAAACUUCAAUGCCCAAAAGGGUUCUUGAGAGGAUCGAAAUUCCAGAAAUAUGGAGGAAACCAAAUAGUGACAACUAUUACAAAUGCAUUUCCAGACCCAAGAAUCGACCCAAAUCAAAAAAGACCAAUGGCUAUCUUCUUGUUCAUGCCAAUGGUGGAUUGAAUCAAAUGAGAACUGGGAUAUGUGAUAUGGUUGCCGUGGCAAAAGUGAUGAAUGCCACACUUGUUCUUCCUUCCCUUGAUCAUGAUUCAUUUUGGACUGAUCCAAGUGACUUUAAAGAUAUUUUUGAUUGGAGGCACUUCAUGAAAGUUUUGAAAGACGACAUUGAUAUAGUUGAGUAUUUGCCGGUUAAGUAUGCAUCUGUCAAGCCACUUCUCAAGGCCCCAGUUUCUUGGUCAAAGGCUAGUUACUACAGAGGAGAGAUUCUACCACUGUUGAAGCGACACAAGGUCAUACAGUUUACUCACACGGAUUCUAGACUUGCCAACAAUGGCAUUGCUUCCUCAAUUCAGAGGCUUCGAUGCCGUGCCAAUUACGAAGCUCUCAGGUACACAACAGAGAUUGAAGAGCUAGGAAGGACACUGGUGAACAGGCUAAGAACCAAUAAUGAACGAUAUAUUGCCCUUCAUUUAAGAUAUGAGAAAGACAUGCUAGCUUUCACUGGCUGCAGCCACAAUCUAACAGCAGAGGAAGCAGAGGAACUAAGGGUUAUGAGAUAUGAAGUGAAGCAUUGGAAGGAAAAAGAGAUUGAUAGUGUGGAGAAAAGAUUGCUUGGUGGAUGCCCUAUGUCACCUAGAGAGGCAGCCGUUUUCUUGAAGGCAAUGGGGUACCCUUCAUCGACGACAAUCUACAUUGUCGCCGGGCCUAUAUAUGGUAGCAAUAGCAUGGCAGCAUUUAGGGCAGAGUACCCUAAUGUCUUCACUCACUCUACUCUUGCAACUGAGGAGGAGCUGGAGCCUUUCAAGCCAUACCAGAACCGGCUCGCCGCCUUGGAUUAUAUCGUGGCAUUGGAGAGUGAUGUGUUUGUUUAUACUUAUGAUGGAAACAUGGCAAAGGCUGUGCAGGGCCAUAGGAGGUUUGAAGGAUUCAGGAAAACUAUCAAUCCUGACAGAUUGAAUUUUGUGAGACUGAUUGAUCAAUUGGAUGAAGGUUCCAUGGAAUGGGAAGCAUUUUCUUCUGAGGUCAAGAACUUGCAUUCUAAUAGGCUAGGUGCUCCUUAUCUUAGACAGGUAGGCGAGUCGCCAAGAAUCGAGGAGAAUUUCUUUGCGAAUCCCUUCCCCGGUUGUGUAUGUAACAAGUCUCAGGAGAUGAUCACAGCACUGAAACUUGAUCAUCGAAUCGGCCUCGACUCGCAAAGAUAGUACACUGGAUGUUUUGAUACGUAGUUAAAAUUGGUUGGGGUUCUUCACAAUGUGUAUUAUGUUAAAAAUGGCACUGUAUUUAAGAAAAGGUUAAAAAAAGGAAAAAGCUCAUUCAUGUUGUUAUGGUGGGAAUGUUGCUUCUUCCUUUGUUUCAAGCCAAGUUUGAUGUGGCUGCUGAAGAAUCUAAAGGGACAUUUGUGUUAGGGUUCUUCUCAUUUCACUAAAAAGUAUGAGUUUCCGUUUUAGGGAAGGAACAGAUAGAAGGUUUUUUGUGUAUAAUCAAUACAAGGCAUAGAUUAAGAUUAUAGUGUGGGAGAUUGGCAUUUAUGACGGAAUUACCCUCGUGGAAGUGGAGGGGAUUAUAAUGUAUUCAUUGAUUCUUUUUUGAGAAAAGCAAUCUCCAAAUGGAGCAUAUAGUUACAAUUCUUCAAGGAUGUAACAUUUGAAACAUAGGAAGUUUUUUCCCCAUUGAAGUGUUUUGUGUAUUAUUUAUAUUGUUUUGCAACAAUCUGCCUUUGAGUGCAGUAAAGAAUGUACAAAUAUUUGUAAUUACAUUGAUUUAUUAUUCGUUCUGA